AUGGAGCAAACUCACGAGGAAUGCCGUUUGGUUGGACUUUCGGCAACCCUACCCAAUUAUCAUGAUGUUGGAACAUUUUUGCGUGUCAAGCCAUCAAAUCUGUUCUUCUUUGAUAACAGCUUUCGGCCAGUACCCCUGGAACAACAGUACAUUGGUAUUACGGAGAAAAAAGCACUGAAGAGAUACCAGGCAAUGAAUGAUGUGGUCUACGACAAAGUGAUGGAACAUGCGGGAAAAAGUCAGGUUUUGAUUUUUGUGCACUCGCGGAAGGAAACAGCCAAAACUGCAAAGGCCAUCCGCGAUGCAUGCCUUGAAAAAGAUACGCUAAGCGCAUUCCUGCGUGAGGGAAGUGCAAGUACCGAAAUAUUGCGCAGCGAAGCUUCGCAGGUGGCGAAUGUUGACCUUCGGGAUUUAAUCCCGUAUGGUUUUGCGAUCCACCAUGCCGGUAUGACCCGUGUUGAUCGUACUCUUGUUGAAGAUUUGUUCGCCGAUCGCCAUUUACAGAUGCUUGGUCGAGCUGGACGACCUCAGUAUGACUCGAAAGGCAAAGGUGUCAUGAUAACGCAUCACUCAGAAUUGCAGUACUAUUUGUCGCUCAUGAACCAGCAGGCUAGUUCAUUGCCGAUUGAAAGUCAGAUGAUUUCGAAAUUGGCGGAUACACUGAAUGCAGAAGUAGUCCUUGGGACGAUUAACAAUGUAAGUGAUGCGAUGAAUUGGCUCGGAUAUACCUAUUUGUAUAUUCGCAUGGUCAAAUCGCCAACGCUUUACGGCAUCACACAAGAACAAGCGGUACGUGCUUUAUUAUUUUGUACUUAA